CAUUAUUCAAGGGCGGUAACUCUCAAUAAACAUAUUGAAAUGGCUUGAUAUCGGAGGAAAAAUUCACCUUGGUCAAGAAUAAAAAGGUCAUCAUGAACCAACAGUUUAUAGAGACUUAUACAGUUCCAGGAAUGGACAGCCAGACAGCAGUAGCUGUUCAGUCAUUGAUAGAUUCACAAGUCAUAACUGAAGCAACACCAGUUGAUGAGGAUGAUGUAUUCCAAUGUGGGAAGUGUAAAAAGCAGUUCUGCUCACUGUCUGCAUUUCUGGGUCACAAACAGGCGCGGUGUAAUGGGCAGCGGACUAUUGUGUCCCUGCCUGCCCCUCGCUCCAAUCCCAAUGUGCAAGACAUAAUCAUCACAACCUCGAGAGGAUCCGCCCAAGCGGCUACAGAGACUUUACCUGUCAGUCGGGCAACCCAGGUUAUUCAGUCCUCUAUUCCCUCAUUCAACAAUGCGGCCAUUGCCCAGAACAUGAUGCUGGCUGAUGAUUUGAUGUCCUUUAAUAAUAUUGACCACAGUCUCGGUAACCAGACAUUGCAGUUGGGAUCCUCCAAUUCCCCAGGAGGAACUUACCUGCCCCAGGUGACAACAUUUUCUGUCCAGUCCCCGAACAGUGUCACCAUACUGGGCCCUGUCAGCAGUGCCCCCUCCCUGACUCCCGGCUCCAGUACCUAUUCCUCAGCCAAUCACAUCCAGAUCCAACCAGCCCCUUCCCAGCAGGCAACACUGGUCACAAGGGCUGAGAAGAGCAUUGCCAACUCUAUUGUCAAACCCAGCCCAACCAAAGCUGGGAGGAAGUCAGCCCAAGCUCAAGCUAAUGUUAACUUUGUGAACGUUAGGAUGAGGCGGAGCAAGAGCGGCAGCAUCAUUGUGGAAGGAGAAAAGAAGAAACUGGUCUGCCAGUACUGCAACAAAACUUUCACCAAGAACUUUGACUUACAGCAGCACAUUCGAGCACACACAGGGGAAAAACCUUUCCAAUGUAUUGUGUGUGGGAGGGCGUUUGCCCAGAAGUCAAAUGUAAAGAAACACAUGAAUACUCAUAAGGUGUGGCCAGCAGGGACGGGGAAGACCUUGCCCAGCCAGCCCCCACUGGAGGUGGAGAAUAUCAUCACUGAGCAGCCAGAGCAGCCCCCCAAAGUGACCCACAAAGUGGAGGUCUGCGAAAAGGAGGUGGAGAGAGAGGACAACAGCACUGAUUCUUCAGAACCAAAGGAGGACUCGAGAACCAAAGUGAUGAUUGACAACUCGUACAUCUGCCAGUACUGUCCCUGCAAGUUCAAGACCUACUUCCAUCUUAAAUCUCACAUGGUACAGCACAAGAACCAACAGGUGUUUAAAUGCUCCAUGGCCAAGUGUAGUCAGGUGUUCAGAGAACUGGACGGCUUCCUGGAGCACAUCAAGGAGCAUGAGUGUGAGAUGACGUACCGCUGUCACAUCUGUAGCAAGGUGUUCGUGUCCUUGUACGAACUAGGUCUCCAUCAGUACACACACAGUCUGUACCCUCAGCAGGGACCAAAGACCGGCCCAAGGCACUUUCAGUGCACAAGAUGUCAGAACAAGUACUCGUCCCCUGAGGCAUUGGAGCAUCACAUAAACACGUCCUCUCACGACCACCCCUGUCCCCACUGUAACAAGUCCUUCACCUGCGAGAGAUAUCUCCGACGUCACCUACCAUCACAUGGGUCUGAAGGCCAGUUCCAGUGUCCAACGUGCCACAAGAAAUUCAAAGCUGAACAUUACCUCAAAAUGCAUGCAUUAAUUCACACCGGAGAAACACCUUUUGCUUGUGAAAUCUGCAAAACUGCAUUCAAUCGUAAGGACAAGCUCAAGAGGCACAUGCUUAUCCAUGAGAAUUCCAAGCGAUACAAAUGUCCAUUUAAAGCCGUCACAGGCUGUACAAAAGAAUUCAGCAGAACUGACAAAUUGAAGUCACACAUUGUUACCCAUAGUGGUGUUCGUCCAUUCAAAUGUGGAGAAUGUGGCCGGUGCUUCAGCAGGAAGCCACAUUUAAUAGAGCAUGAGAGAGGUCACAGAGCGGAUUACAAAUUCAAAUGCCAGGUGUGUCACAAGGGAUUCUUUCGACCUAAGCUGUUUAAAGAACACAAAUGUGUACCAAGCAAAAACGGGGAGGCCCCUCAAAGGAUCUAUCGCCCCAGAAACAAAAGAAAAGUAGGUCGUCCAAGAAAACGCAUGAUUACAGUGGAGACGACUAAGGAUAGUAAGAUAAGUGAUGUCAGAGUUCAAAAUGUUAUGGUUAUUCAAUCUGAAAACGAAAAGGUUGUGAAAGAAAAUGAGACACAGAUUGUGGAAGGACCAUCUAUUGAAGUCUCAACUCAAGAAGAGGCAGAAGUAGAAGAAAAUGAGAAAGCUGUGAUCAAAUCUGAAAAGCCACCAUUUUGUGUCAAAGUCACUACUCCGGUUCCGCGGUACCUUGCAGUCAACGUACAUUCCCAGUCUAACAAUAUUCUAGGGCACGGAUUACAGACACAUUUCAUACAGACUUCUGCCUCAGGUUCCGGUUUCCAGAACUUAGUUUCCACAAACAGCGGCUACCAACCCAUCACCAUCUUGGAACCAAUUCCCAUUCAAAUGACUCAGCUGGACAAUGUGGCUCUGAGUGACCAGCUGUCCCUGCAAAUGACCUCCUUGCAGGGUGGUGUGACAGUCAGUGACAACAACGUUUCAGUGAUCGAGAGCGUGCCCGUUCAGGUGGUGAUGCCCGCGGAGGACCCAGACAACAUGAUGACCACACAUGUAGUUGUAAGUUCCAGCGGACCUGACCAGGGCUACCCCACAUCCCAGCUAGAGGAUUUCACCGGGUCGGAGGGGGAUCCAGUCUUACAAGGCACGGAGAAUCUGCUGAAGGCUCAUGCUGAGAUCUUGCAGUCAGCUCAAUGAACCAUUCCUAUUUUGUCUCCUCUGUGGAACCAAAGUUAUAACUCUUGGGUAUAAGCAACAAUUACACUCUAAAACUUGCAAAAAAUAAAGGAUUUUUUGGAAAUUCAAAAGUAUGUUUGAGCAUCGAUAAAUAUAAUGACAUUCUUUCAUGUCUGAAAUUUGUAAGGAAUCGGGAACUUUUAGAAUUUGAUAAGUGCAACUUUGACCAUUUAGAAUUAUAAUGUACAUGUAAUUGUUGUUAAUGACUGUGAACUGUUUUUGAUAUACACUGUACAUGUGUAAUUUAUAAAGAAAAUGAUGUUUGUAUUAUUGAUGUAUAGUAAUUGUGUUUCUUGGAUGAGAGAAGGCUUGGUCUAACUUAGUAAAAUUUGUUAAUGAACAGUGCCAUUUGAUAUAUCUCUGACAGACUUAAACAUCUUUGCAAAUGAGGCAUAAAGUAAGUUAAUGGAGAAAUUAACAUGAAAUCUAUACUUAAGUAUUCUUAUUUAUUUGUGUGAAAGUGAAUUUUGUUAUAUUUUGAAUGUUGUCUUGAGCUGUAAACUGUAUCAGUAACAUGUUACUAAGUUUAUUAGAUAAUUUGUAUAAAUCAUUGCCAAAGAUUGAAGAA